CCCCUCGCACACACCCGUCCUAGCACAGUAUCUGCCUCCCUCGCGAUCCUCUCCUCUCCUCUCCUCUCCUACUCUCCCUCCAACGAAACGUCUUUCUUCAGCAGAAUUCCAUAUCUCAACCUCACAAACCGAUCACAGACCUCCACGUGGCCAAGAUGGUAGCUACUCGAUGCGACAGUCCCUCACAGAUUGGGAACAACACAAGCUACCUUCAAAAGAUUGUAGGAACCCAGAACAGCGGAUCCUUCAAGGAAAAGAGGAAUCGCUCUCAACCAUCUAUUGAUGAGACCGUCUCAGAAAGACUCGAGCGCCUCAGGAUCACGUCGCCCAAAUUCGGCGGGUCUAAAGGGAGGAACAGCCGAGACAUGCAAGGAGGUUGCAGAUCUCCUGCUCCUCUCAUGAUUCGACGCACAAAACAGGCUGGUCCCUUCCUACUCUCCAUUGACGUACAGUCCGCCUUCCAGUCAAGCCCCGAAUACACGGAGCAAUCGAUGUCUGUUCCCAUGGCGCCUCGAAGCGCCUGCAAUCCUUUUCCUGGUCUGAUUGCGAGCGACUCGGGUUUGCUCCAGCAGUUUCUGGUGUAUUCUAAAAAUCAGGUUUGAGCUCCACUGCACCAGUAUCGGCCUUGGAGCCCAAAGGUCUUGCCCGCGCUCUGACAAAUCGUUUAGUUUAUUGUUUCCUCUCAUCUGGAUGUUGUAAUGGCAGUUUUCCGAAGAUACAUGCCACUUGUAUUCUAGCGUUUCUGUUGAGAAUAAAAUGAAUCCUCAUCUAAC